UCAGCCGAUUUCACUCGUUGUCAGUAAUUGAUACAAGUAAUUCAUGUAUUUCUAUAAACAACUUUUAUUUGCAAAGGAAAAAAUGAUGGGACACGCUAGAUUGUCUCGUACCAGGAUAUGAUUUCUAUAAAUAAAUAAAUAAAUAAAUAAAAAGAAGUUGUAACGGUAAAAGAAGUGGAUUAAGCAUGGAACUGGAAAGUGGCUGCAAGAUACCGAUCGAAUGUAAAAGAGCAUCAAAACCGCUAGAAAUCGCGUUCACUCGGACACCCAGUUGUCCUACACGCGGUUCUUAUAUGUCGUCAGUUCGAUCCGGUCAGUGGGACAAUAAGCAUGAACAACCAGCAUGAUGACUCGGUGGUAUUUACUGUUGAUAGUACAGCAAAUUUAGUUCCUGUUAAAUCACGGGAUGCUUAUUUUAGAAAAAGAAGAGGAAGUAACAGGUCUGGAUUUAUUAUGUUUGCUUUUUCUCUGUUAAUUAUCGGUUUGCUCGCGGGUCUAAUCGCUAUUGGAAUUCUCUAUUUACAUGUCAAGCGCAGUCUUACGUUAUGCGAUUCUGAAGAAUGCAUUCGUAUAGCGGCCAGUUUUAAAGAAUCUAUGGACACUUCUAUAGACCCAUGCGAGGAUUUUUAUCAAUACACUUGUGGAAGGUGGUCAGAAAAUCAUCCGACUUCUCAGCCGACUAUGUUGAAUUCUUGGUUUCAUGAGAAAGCUGAGAAGAUCAAGUGGAAGAUCAGAAAUUUGUUGAGCAAAAACUUUACAGAGUCUGAGGUACCUUGGGCUGUUGCACAGGCUAAAGUACUUUACAAUAGUUGUCUUGACAAAGUUGCUCUAGACGCUCUUGAACUUACGCCUCUACUCAAUUUGCUGGAGGAUUUGGGUCUGUCGCAGAUACCAGCGGCUCUGGGUCAAAAGACCGGAGAUUUUAUAAAAAUAGUUGCUCGAGCUAGAAAAAUACUUGGGGAGGAGAUUUUUAUUGGAUUCGAUGUGAUUCCCGACCCACGAAACGGCAGCAGAAAGAUUAUUUUACUUGACGUGCCAAGUAUGAUGGGUUCAUUGCCGUUGAAUGAUGUUAUUAAAAAUCGUUUGAAAAGUGUGAGAGCAGGGAAAGCUAAACGAAAUGAGGGUUCUAGUUCUGAUCAAGACAGCUCAGAUACUAGAGAAAAAUCUUACGCAACUGCUGUAAUUAAAGAAUUAAUAGUUAAUGGUACUCAUGAUUCAUGUGAUUCGGAAAAUAAAAUAUCUCCAGAGCAAGACAAAGUAAUAAAAAAAGUUGUCGAUACAAUUUUUGACUUGGAUGAUUUACUCAAUGUCAUGUAUGGCGUGGAAGAUAACGAAACGUUGUCAGAAGAAGACAUCAAAGAUGAUAACUAUAUGUUGGUAGAUGAUCUUCAAAGUAUAACAGAUGAAUUCGUAAAGUCAGAAAACAGUUCAUUGGAGCCAAUAAUUAUUUGGCGACCUUAUUUGGAAGAAUUAUUCAGAGGAUUUAAAGACCUGGACCUCGAUAACCGGGACAAAGUACUCGUCGUUAAUAUUGAUUACUUUAAAGACUUGGCAUUUUUGCUUAACACCGUUGAACAAGAAAUUUUAGAGACAAUUAUAUGGUGGAUCGUCGUAGAUCUGGUAGUGCCAUAUUCCUCAAAUAAUCUCAGGCAUAUUUGGUAUGAUUACAUUGACAAACUGAUAGAUGUUGAGGUUUCUUAUGAUUCUCCGUCAUUACAUUGCGCUGGAGUUGUCAAUGAUAUGAUGGGAAUGGCUGUGUCAUGGCUGUUUGUCGAUCGUCAAUUUCACAACGUAACUGCACCGAAUGUAAUUGAAAUGCUUGAGCACAUAAGAUCAGCGUUUCGUGAAAUCGUCAUAAGAACAAACUGGAUUGAUAAAAAAACUCAAUUUGGGAUUUUGGAAAAAUCUAAUGAAAUGGCUUAUGUUAUUGGUUAUCCCGAGUGGCUUUUUCAAGACAAACAUCUCAAUAAAUAUUAUCAAGGGAUAGAUUUAAAAAAAGACCAAUACUUGAAAAAUAUUUUAUCAAUCACCCAUCUAAUGGCUGAGACAGAAUUAAAAUCUCUACAUCUAAUUCAUACUCACGAUAACCUCUGGGAGUUGGAUCCAACCGACAUAAACGCAGUAUACACUUUCAUGACGAACCAUAUAACUUUACCUGCGGCUAUUUUACAAUUUCCCUUCUACAAACUCGGUUUGGAGGCGUUGAAUUAUGGAGCGAUUGGGACUAUUCUGGGUCAUGAAUUGACGCAUGGUUUUGACAACGAUGGGCGACACUACGACGGCCAAGGAAAUUUACGUCAGUGGUGGAGUAACGAGACUAUUUUUCAAUACGCUGGUAAAACUGACUGCUUUGUCAAACAUUAUGAGGAAUACUACGAGAAAGAUAUUGAUCAACACGUUGACGGGGUGUUAACUUUAAACGAGAAUAUUGCUGACAACGGAGGUCUGCACGAAGCAGUGCUUGCCUACCGAAGAUGGAAAGCCAGACACGGUCAAGAGCCUUACUUACCCGGGUUCAGUUAUCUGUCGCACGAACAAUUACUGUUUCUCGGAUUCGCUCAUUUAUGGUGUGAGGAUUAUUCUCCAAAGUCCUUGAAAUGGAUGUUACGAGAUUCACAUUCUCCGGGGCACGUAAGAUUAAAAGCUGUUUUGAAAAAUUCAAAAGAGUUUAGUGAUGCUUGGAAGUGUCCUAUCGGCUCACCAAUGAACCCACCUGAGAAAUGUCGACUGUGGUGACUGGUGAGGAAUGUGAAUCUUACCAGCUGAUGUGAGUUUAUUUUUUUAUAGAAAAAUUAUUGUAUAUUUUAAGUAAUUUUAAUGAAAGAUAUUUAUAUUAUAUAAGCGUUUUAUUUACGGUAUCGUACACACAGACUCGCUAAUUUAUUAAUUUCUCGAGUUCACUAAGUCAACAUAAGUCUAUCUUACUCUAUUAGAUAUAAAAUUAUUUUUUAGAGAGAUAACUCUAUAGAUCUAGUAGAUGUAACCACCAUUGGAAUCAACCUGCUGAAUGGUUUCUGUGUGCUCGUGGGUUUGUUCUUGGCUGACAGUUUGUUGUUGCUCAACAUGGUCAUCAGUUUUUUGUCCUUGGGCUGGUUGUUCGCUUGUGUAUCCCGUGAAAGUGUUGCCGAGAUUGUUAUUAUAGUUGUAGCCUUGGUUGACAGAGUCAAUGUCGAUGGCGUCGUUGUAUGCUUGGGGGCUAUUGGAAAAUUCAUCUGCUGACGAGAUUGGAGAGUCCUCAAGAGGGGGGAACUCUGCGAACUUUUGGGUCUCUGACAGAUCUGAAAAUCCAGGGAAGGAAUGUCCAGAUGAGGAUGUCUCUUCCUCGGGAGUAUCGUUGGCUGCGUAAGUCUGGGGUGCUGGUGCAGCUUCAACUAGUUGGAAAUAACAAUAAAAGUUAUAUUUAUUAGAUGAUAAUUAAAAAUGAAUAUGCUAGUGAUUUAUCAAUAAUUAAAUAAUAAAUAGUUACCUGACACUGAUUUUACGGCUGGUGUGUAGGCAAUUUUGGGCUCAUGUUCAACUGGAGUCAAGUAAGUAUUUGUGGGUUGUGGAGCUGGUUGGGGCUGGUAGUGAUCAAUUGAUGGAGUUUUUUUUUCCUCAACUGGAGUCAAGUAUGCAUUGGUGGGUUGUGGA